CCUUCGUGCUUUUCUACAAACUUUUCAAUGAGACAAAUUACUGACGGUGCAAAGAAAUCAUUUUCGGCUGUCUUGACGGAAGGUUUUCUUACUUCACAAUUAGUUCAUAAACAAAAAACAGAAAUUCUUCACCUACGACAAUCAAAGAAAGUGAUUCGUAAACGAAUUUACGAGAGUCAGCCGGAGGUGGCAAAAUUAAAAUCUGUAAUAAGGGUCGCAGAAGUUAAAAGCGCAAACACAAAGCAGCAGCUACAAAUAUUAAAUGAUGAUCUGGUCAAACAACUGUCUGAUGAUUUAAAGGACGCUGCAGAUAUAAAAAGAGUGAUGGAUCCAAAGUUCUUGACCCCAGAAUCAUUGGAUCCACAUCAAAUAGUGGAUAUUAAACCUUAUACAGAUCAAUUGGAAAAGACAGAAAAAGAAUGUAAAGUUGUGUCAGACAGCAAAUUAGAUGUUGUACCUCAUGCCAAAGAACUAUUCGACAAACUACACCAAAUGGACGAACUCAUCCUGUCAGAUUUAAGGAAAUCAGAGAUUGAAUUUGCCGCAUCGUUAAAGCAUAUGGAAGACCAAGCGAAUAAAUUUGAAAUAGAAUUGAAGCACUGGUCUAGCAAGGAAAAUAUCGAGUACUUGACAGAGGAGAGUUUACGAAGAUUGUUAGGCCAAAGUAGUCUGGCGGAGGAGGAAGCCUACUUGAAAACGCAUGGCCUGGAAACCAUUGUCAAGAAAUCAUUUGACGAUUAUAUCGGAAAAGAAUUUGUUGCUGAAUUGGUGCGCCCACGCAACCAAACAUUAUACCCCACCAAACUCGAAUCUCUCCAGGUUAGACACUCCACUACUCGUUCGGCAAAGGUUACAAAACCACAACCAAACAAAAUGAAGGAAACAUUGAAGAAGAUUUCAAAAGAGUCAGAUGAAGCAUUAUCCUCUUUACAAGCAAAACUAAACUCCGACUCGCUCAUCAAAACAUAUAAUCAACUUGGGCAUGUCGACAAUGUCUUAUCAAAGCACACAAAAAUCCUGGAAUUUUUGAUUGCACCGGAUGGCCGCGAAAACACAGAAACUUACAUGGGGGAGUUGAAGGGAGGCAAGGAUAUACCAGCCAAAAUUUCAUUAUAUGAGCAAAACGUACACCUCACAAACGCCCUCAGAACAACGAUUGAACAAUAUACAAAGAACAGUUUCUCGGGUUUAGCAAAGCGAGUGGACAUGCUGGAAAAGAAAUACUCUGAAUAAGAGAGAAAAAGAAAUGCCUAAAUACUUGAAAACAGUUUUAUUCAUAAUAAAUUAAGAAACCUUGCUAUUUGCUUUUCGUUUCUGAAGUAUUUACCACACAA